AUGCAGGUUGAACGGCUUAGUUGGAGUGAACUGGUACCUCACAUAGGAAUAGAAGAGGUUAACGACGAGCUCGAUAAGCGAACUACCAGAAUAUUUGACGAUUUACGUCAAGUGGCCUCCGUUUGCAACGAAGAUGGAACUUUAAUUGUAAGACUAAAAGCACGGAAAAAUGAAUUUAUUUUGGCACGCGAUCAAUAUCUCAGGACAGUUCUACAUCUUGCAGCCGGCAUUGGACACACAAGACUUUUAAAGUGUUUGGUACACGCAGGAGCACCUAUAAAUGUUCGUGACGGAAUUGGCCAGACUGCUCUAACUAUAUCGCUUCACAAAAAUAAUGAUGCAGCGAGUGUCUUUCUUAUCGAAAGUGGCGCUUGUGUUCAGGAAUACUACUACGAAAAUACUGUUUCUCCACUGGCAAUUGCAAAGUUGCACAAAAAUGAUAUCGUCGAAUUUCUGGAGAAACGUAUCGGAGACGAAAAAAGAGUGUUAGAUCACGUUUCUAAAUUUUUUCCUAAGAAAAUUUCUGGUUCACCCGUGGAUAUGAAUGUUGAUCAUGUCAACCAUAAAGAGAAUUUUUCACGUGCACUGAACAUAAACAUUGGUGACCAAAAAAACACGGUGACUGUUAUUGGUUGUGCUAACGCUUGCCCUGAUAUUUAUGGUUGCCACACCCCAGGUACGGGAGAUUUUCAUAAUCGCGGAUACCUUAAUGAGACAGUGGCCAGAAUAGGAGGGCAAGGAGGUUUUUGGCAUGUUGUCGAAAACGUUAUGAAGAGACCAACAGUUAACCCGACGUCCUUCAAGCAAAAAUUCAAGGACAACAAUUAUAACAAUAACGAGGAGGCACUAUACGACUACGAGGACGGAUUGAGUAUCGCUAUGAUUAAAGAAUUUGAAAAAUCCUCCUUUUUUCCAAGUAAGUCCGAUCUGGCUUCUUGUCUUCUUAAAACUGGUAACCACAAUAACGUUUUAUUGUCAAAGUUUAAAGAGUGGCAGGAAAGCUCAAAAGGAGACGCGAUAUUUAACUACCAAGUAAAUCUUGUAAAUGAUCUUAUUCCACUAAGCCGAUGGUACAAAGAAUCGAUUAGAAAUGGUAAUGGUCACGCAAUCGAGGCUGUGUGGAUGCUCUGUCCCGAGUUAUAUGCCCAAAUAGGAAAGACAAACUAUAGGGAUGAAAGCUUAAUUCAUAUUGUAAAUUUCGCUACUAAAUGGCCAUUAGCUUACAGAAAACUGUUUCAGAGAAAUAGAACAGUAAAUAUAGAAGGAAUACAAGGGAAACAACUCGCAGAUGACGAGUGGGUUGAAGACCAUCUUGUUUACCCAGUGAAAAAGUAUGCCAAAGGCCAAACGUCGUUCUCCGUUUUAGAAAUGAUGUCAUGCAGUUCAAAUUUGUUGGAGCUGGAUAGAAAGAUGUAUAAAUCCCGCGAGGCGUUCAACAUUCACAGAACAAGAAGGCACUGUACACCCCCGUCACUGUAUGACCAACUAAAGGUAGCCCAGUUUGCUUCAAAGGAAGAGUGGUUUGUGGAUAAAGGCCAUCCUGUGGUUUAUAAAUACGCUUGGGGUGAGAAUACGUUAAAGGGAGGAGAAGCAGUUUCAUCCAGAUCCAUUGACGCUAGAACGAAGGGAAAAGAAAAACUACAGUUAGAAUUUCUUUCCUUUCUUCACAGAAAAUUCCCAAAUGAAAUGAAGUAG